AUGGUAUAAAAAGUAUAGGGUGAAGGAAGUAUCUUGGAACGAACAAGAACGUGCUAGAAAAAGAGCAUAUUGGAUGGAUUCAUUAAUGAAUGAUAGAAUUUGUAGAGAUCAAUUGCGUAUGGAUAAGAGGUGUUUUGAGAAGUUGUGUCACAUCUUACAAUUCAAAGGAGGUCUUGUGACUACUAGACAUGUCACGGUGAGAGAAGUGGUGGCAUUCUUUCUUCAUACACUUGCACAUGACCUCAAAAAUAGAACUAUUGGAGCUGUGUUCACUCGCUCUGGUGAAACAGUGAGUCGUCAAUUUCAUAUGGUGCUACACGCUGUAAUGAAGAUAGGCAAGUACUACAUUAAACAAGUUGACUCAACUGUAAGCUAUGCUAGAGAUAAUAGAUGGAAAUGGUUUGAGGGAGCAGUUGGAGCACUUGAUGGGACACAUAUACAAAUGACUGUCCCAAUUAAAGACCGACCUAGAUAUCGAGACAGGAAAGGUGAUAUUAGCACUAAUGUCUUAGCCACUUGUGAUCCCAGUCUUCGCUUCAAUUAUGUUUUGCCUGGUUGGGAGGGAUCUACUUCUGAUCCUCGCGUCCUCGGGGAUGCCCUUCAAAGGCCUAAUGGUUUAAGAGUUCCAAGAAAGAAAGAAGUUAUGGCUUUUACACAAGGCAAGAAAAGGAGUUAUCUCACUUGGAAUGGACAAAUGGAUGGGAUACUCAUUUCGGUGUUAUACGACCAAAUCAAAGAGGGCAACAAGGGCGAUGGAGAUUGGAAGCCACAAGCUUACCAAGCUGUAGCUGAUAAACUAAGGUCUCAAUUGGGUGUAUCGGUCACGGUGGAACAUGUGAAGAAUCGGAUCAAGUGUUGGAAGAAGCAUUAUAGUAUUAUUACAGACAUUCGAACUGCCACAAAGUUUAAGUGGGAUGAGGAGAGGAAAAUGCUGACAAUCAACAUAGACGACUUGAAAGAUUGGAACGAAUAUUGCAAGAAUCAUCCACCAGCAAGUUCCUAUAGAAAUAAGGCUAUAGAUAAUUGGGAUGAUAUUUGUACUCUCUUUGGAGCGGAUAGAGCAUUAGGGGAUGGCGCAGAACAAUUUGACGAAGCAGCGACAGCCAUGGAUGAUGAGAUGACGAGCGAAGGAAUGAGCACGUCAACAGGCUCUAUAUCGAAGAGGGUGAAGAAAGAUCGUCUUGCAGAGGCAGUUACUAGUUUCGCGAACUCAUUCAACGAAUAUGUUCAAAGCAAGAUCAAUAUGACUUCAAAGGCGAGCGGGAAAGAAAUCCAUGAUGUUGUUUCAAAAGUGGAUGGCAUACUUCGUCAUCAAGUGUUGAAAGCUGUUAAGAAGUUUAUGAAUAUGCCAGAUGAGUUUCAAAUGCUCAAGGACUUGCCUGAAGACGAGAAGCUAGAUUGGAUUUUAUUGUGCUUGGAAGAGUGAUUGAGUUAUGAAUAACUACGCAAUAUUAAAUAUUUACUACAAAU